GGAGCAGCUCCGGGGCCUCCUUUGGACUCUUCCCUCCCUGUGCUGGGGACCUGGGCACACCUGGGCCCCAAGGAUGUGUCCCAAACUCCCAGAAGAAGCUCGUUAGAACAGGAUGCGGUUGGAGAAAGGAGGAACACGAAGCUGGGGCAGCACCUCCUGGGGCUGCUUCCCUUCUGCUCCGUGGAGAUAAGGAAAGUAGGAAAAUGCAGGGCAGGAAUGGAGUCAGGAAAGGGGCACAGAGUGUCAGACAAAGAUUGAUCCAGGAGAGGUGGCUCAAGAGCCCCAAAGCCCCUUUCCAGAAAGCUCUGGGGGAAGGGACUGUGCAUCCUCAUCAUUUACAUGAAAAAGGAGAAACCUAAUUCCAGGGGGAAAAUGUGCCCUCAGGACAGGAUCAGUGCUGGAGCCAGGUUUGGUGAUCUCCUCCCCUUUCCCAUCUGAUCUCCCUCUCUCUCUUCCCUCUUUUCUUUUAUUCUUUUAUUUCUCUUAUUACCAGAAGAUAAAGGAAAAAAUACCGAUUUCCAUGCUGAGUGUUUAAUUUAAUAAUCAAGCUCUGUGAGCUUUUUUUGGACCUUCUGAUCCUCGGUCCUUUUUAACCACGGGCAUCCUCAAACCUCGGGACCUCCUUCUUUUCGGAGCAGGAUGCAGCAGGGAUGGUUUAUUCCCUUUUUCAGUGUUCCUGUCCAAAGGAAUUCAGUUCCUCUCUGAAUGACACCCCUGAGACUCCUCUGAUAUAAUGGGGGAUCCCUUGGCACAUCCCAAACUUUCGUUUUUUGGGAAUUAUUUGUCUCUCAGCCCUGUGCUGUGUGCUGGAUAACCUUUGGAGCUCGGCAUCCCUUGUGGACACACAAAUGAAGCCCAUGGCUGUGUGCAUACCACAGGGGAUAAUUAAAUGUAAAUCUGCAUAUUCAGGGGGCAUUAAGCUGAUUUUAAAGCUUUUUUUUCCCUUUCAGAUCGUUGAUUUGAGGAGGCUGAGACAGAACUGGCUCCUCUCUGUGAGAAAUUCAGUCCCGUGUUUCACUCAGCCACCUCAGCUCCUCCUCUUUGCCAAAACCAUGGGGGUUUUGGAGAAAUUUAGACCUGUUUGGGACUGUGUUUGAUUAGGAACUCCCUAAACUUUCUCCCUGGUGUGUUUUUUGGGGGGUUUUCCCCCAUUCCUGGUGUGUGACCAUGGUUUGUUGUGCGGCCCUGAACUGCCGGAACGCCACAAGCGGGGCCUACAAGAACAGCUCGGUCAGUUUUUAUCGAUUCCCCCUCCAAAACAAACCCCUCCUGAGACAGUGGAUCCAAAACAUGGGCAGGGACAUGGAGACCCCCUCCAAAUACCAGUGCCUGUGCUCGGAGCAUUUCCAGGAGAGCUCCUUCAAGACGGAUCCUCUGAAAAUCGGCAAGAAACGGCGCCUGCUGAAGGAAGCUGUUCCCAACAAAUUCAUCCUGGGGGAAGAUGGGACCUGGCUCGUGGGGACCCCACAGGGUUUUGGUGAUGUGAUGAUGAGCAGCAAAUCCCGAAAACGGAUCCGGAAUUCCGAGCCCUGUGGGGUCCCUGGGAUGUUUCCUCAGUGGCCACGUCUGCAGGAUUGGCAGAAUGAAUUUUAUAAGCUACUGCUGAAGGAGAAGUAUGGAUCUUUGAUCACACUGGGAAAAGGCCACAGUGAUGCCACGAUCCAGGCUGCAGGAGGCACACAACUGCACGGAUCAUCCUCGGGAGCAUCCCGAGCCCCUCACCAGGCAGAAACAUCGGGGAACCGCCACAAUCCGGCCAGAAAUCCCCUGGGAAUCGGGAGUGGGAACAGCAUCCUGGCAGGGCAGGAGCUGGAUGAGUUCAGGAGGUUCCUGCAGUACCACCAGGGCCGGCCUGAGGAGGCGGCGGUGCCGUGGUUUAUCUGCGCCGAGUGCGGGAGGAGCUUUGCCCGCCACGCGUACCUGCUGCGCCACCAGCGCACCCACGCCCCUCCGAGGGGAAACCCACCCUCCACACCCACCUCGGGAUGUGUUCCCUCAUCAUCCACGUGCCACAAACCUGCCUGGGGUAAAGCUUUGCACUCAGCUGCCAAAAAUCCUGCUCUGCCCACAGGUGGGGGUUUAUAGCCCUGCGUGGAUUCGGGUGGAGUUGGGAAAUAAGGCGGUUUUGGUGAUUCGAUUCACUGCUGGCCUAAUGGUCAUUGGUUCAGACCUGGAUCAUCCCUGUUAUUCUUACCAUGCUCCUCCUUGGAGCAGGAGUUGGAUAGGGCAGCAUUGGCUGUACCAAAAGGGGAGUUAAAAAAACCUGGUGCACCAAGCAACACGUGCUGGAGAGCAUCCAGAGUAGCACAGAGAAACACUGCAAGAUUUCAGGGAUGAAAAAUGAAGAUUUGGGAAUAGGAUUGUAUGAUAAUGUUUGAGGUGACAGAUUCUGGGCAUUAUUUCCCCACUUUUGCUGCUUUUCCUUUACUGUACCUGUAGAACUAACUCUAUUUUUGGGUUCUGUUUUUAUAUUGACCCCAUGUUUUCCUGUGGGGUGAGAUGCUGCUUUGGUCUGUGAAAUUCUGUGGGGAAAAACCCAUGGAUACAUUCUCAAUGUGUGUAAAGUGUGUCAGUGAUGUUUCUCUGGGAAGUGGAAAUGCAGCAGGGAGAAGGGAGAGGAGAGGAGGGGUGGCCUGUGGAGGCAGCACAUGCAGAUUUUGUGUUUUCUCCCCACGUGCUGGUGGUUUUCAGCAUUUUUGAAUAUUCCAGUUGAGUGCCAAGAGGGAAAAUGUGUUGCCUCCAGUUGGAGGGGUGUCCUCAGUCACAGACUCCAUCUGGAAUGAAGUCUCUGGGCUCAGCAGCCCCUGAGGAGCAGCAGAGAACAUGCAGCUGGUGCUGUGCUGGAGUUCCACAAAUUCUGAGCAGGACUGGGAAAACACACGUGGCCCCAAAGCAUCCUGCCCCACCCCAGGUACAGAAAUAAUGUCCCAAAAACAUUUUGGCGCUGGCUUCUCAUUGUUUCCUUCUCCUAAGUGAAGUCCUGGGGUUGGCUUUGCUUUUAUUCCUCAUAGAAUCCCAGAUUGGAUUGGAAGGGAUGUUAAAGCUCAUCCCAUCCCACCCCUGCCAUGGCAGAGACACCUCCUGCUGUCCCAGGGU